AUUAAGAAAGUGAAGAUGGGAAUAGUACUUCUUAGACGUACCUUCGAAAAUUUAGCACGAACAUUACACAAUAUCUGAUUGGCCAAAACAGUGCCGCUAAGCCGGUUUUAGCUUGACCGCCUUCGAACCCAUCGGCAGAGACCCGCUCCCGCGGCGGCAGAAUUUUUUCAGAAAAGUUUCCCAACCUAAUAUUUUCUAAGUUCGAUCGCUCGCCUCUUCAACCAAGGUUCAACUAUUACUUUAUCUUAAUCACAUCCCUCAACGGCUUGGAUUAAAUCAAUAAUCUGCCGAAGAUGUCGGACGAAAUCAUUUGGCAGGUUAUUGACAAACAGUUUUGCAGUUUCAAACUGAAAACUACUAAAGAAAAGACAUUUUGCCGAAAUGAAUACAAUGUUACAGGUCUUUGCAACAGACAGUCGUGCCCUCUGGCCAACUCUCGCUAUGCCACCGUUCGAGCGCAUCCCACAAAAGGCACCUUAUACCUGUAUAUGAAGACAAUUGAACGAGCGCAUAUGCCCUCGAAAUUAUGGCAAAAAAUAAAGUUGUCGCAGAAUUAUGCUACCGCCCUAAAGCAAAUCGACGAGCACCUCAUCUAUUGGCCCAAAUUCCUACUUCACAAAGCGAAGCAACGAGUUACUCGACUUACACAAGUGGCGAUAAGAAUGAGGAGGCUCGCUAAGGAAGAUGCGCGCUUAGGCGAGAAAAUCGUACCAAAAUUAGCACCAAAGAUCAGACGGCGAGAAGAGACUCGAGAGCGUAAGGCAGAAGCGGCUGCUAAGUUAGAACGCACAAUUGAGCGAGAGCUUAUGCAAAGAUUACGCGAGGGCGCAUAUGGCGACCAGCCGCUCAACGUUAGCGAAACCAUCUGGAAGAAGGUGCUCAAUGCUAUGGAGCGCGAGGGUGAAGGUAAGAGAGAUAAGGAUCACGACAAGGGUAUAGAAGACGAAGAAGGCGAAGAGGAAGAGGAGGAGGAAGAGGAGCUCGAAUACGAACAAGAAGAGGAUGAAGAGCCCGAUGGAGCAGUCGAAUAUGUCAGCGACUUCGACGAAAGUGAGGACGAUCUCGGAGAUAUCGAGGAUUGGCUUGGAAGUGAUGAGUCCGACAAGGAAGAAGAGUCGGAGAGCGAAGAGAGCGAGGAAGAAUCGACGAAAAAGAAUGCCGUUGGUGACAAGCGAAAGAGAGCGCGGGUUAUUCGUGCGAAACCAAAAAAGGCAGCUCGGCGCGGAAAGGAAGUUGAGCAUGAACACGAAUUUGACCAGCGAAGACAGCAGCUUGCAUUUUAGAGGGUAUUACUGCAUGGGAUUGGGGCUCGGCUAUACAGCAUAUUUGUUGCACGAAAAGUACCUAUUUUGAUACCCUUUCUUGGUACCUCCUACAGGUGCCCUGUGAACAUAAAAAUUGCAACCUUAGCUCUUGCGCAUGCAAAAGUAUUGGACAAAUGAAGGUGUAUUUGAAAAAGCAUGUAACAUUGCUAAUGCUGUAUGAAAUUUAUGUCGUACAUAUUAUUUGUCAAUGGGUGGUUUUCCGCAUGGAGGACAAGUCAUCAUUGGCCUUUUACUCAUAAUUCAGGGGAAAAGGUGCCAGCUUGGCGGGGGCAUCAUCCACUAAAAUUCCACUGAAUUUUACCAUUUACCCACUAAGAACGGGCGACUACGGGGCACCAGACUAGCCAUCAGCAUUAAUCAAUUCAUCCAUU